AUGCUUUUCUCAUUGCACUUUGUUUUGCUGAGCGUUGCAGUGGUGGUCGACAGCACAAUUAAAGACUGCAUCACCGCCAGCGGGGAGGACUACAGAGGCGAAAAAAGCAGCGCUUACACGGGACAAACCUGUCUGAACUGGACCAACACAACCAGAGACUAUGAUGUUACAAGCCGCUCUGACUAUGAACAUGGUGUUGGAGACCAUAACUACUGCCGUAACCCUGACGUGUCCAGUCAGCCCUGGUGUUACGUGUCCAGCCCGGACGCACAGAUCCACAGACUCUCCUGUGCCCUCCAACCCUGCGAAGAACAAGCAGUGCCUUCAAAGGCCGAGGCUGGUUCAGAGGCCGAGCCUGCCCCCAGCCAGCCUGCCCCCAUCCAGCCUGCCCCCGGCCGGCCUGCCCCCGGCCGGCCUGCCCCCGGCCGGCCUGCCCCCGGCCAGGGAGAAGGGGCCGCUGUCCAGCCCGUCAUGGGCAUCAGCCAGCGCGUACGCACCGGACCAACGAAGAAGAAGGACCUCGGCACUCUGGGCUACGUGCUGGGCAUCCUCAUGAUGGGCCUCAUCAUCGUGCUCGGGGUUGGCAUCAGUGUGGGGUACUUCUAUAAGAGGGGUCGCGACCUGAAGAAGCACCACGAGCAGCGCGUGUACGAGCGGGAGAUGCAGCGCAUCACCCUGCCGCUGUCCGCCUUCUCCAACCCCACCUGCGAGCUGAUGGACGAGAACACCAUCGUGAUCACGGCCAGAGACACCACCCCCGGCCAGGACGGGGGCGUGGAGGAGGGCGGAGACGCCCUCAUGGCCUCCGCGGGCACCCCCGGAGCGUAG